AUGGCCACCCCUAGUGUUCUCAACUUUGAUGCUGAGGCUCGGGCUGUCGCCUUUGAGUUCUCGGUCGAUGAUCUGCAGCUUUUCCUGCUGUGCGAUAGAAAAGAUGGUCUCUCACUGUUCGAUCUCACGUCUUGCUCCUCUGCUGCCCCUGCUGCCGAUGCUGACAGUACUGUUCGCUCACAGGACCACUUCCUCUCUGUUUGCCCCACCACACUUACUGUUGACCUCCUCGAGGAGCGCAACAUGGCAGCUGAGAAGAGUAUAGUUGCUGUAGAAGCCUCAUGUGGUGACCCUCGUGCCCCCUUCUUUGAGGGGUGCUCCCCCUCCCCCCUUUUGCCCUCUGUUGCCUCUGCUGCUGCCGUCGACCUCGUUGGCACCGAGUCGGUCGGCGCUGCGUCUGCCCCUAGCGGGAGACGCCGCAACGGCAAGGGCAAGGAGGGCAAGGGCGCUGGAGGAGCUGGCGGGGGCGGUGGAGGUGGCGGUGGAGGCGGCGGAGGGGGUGGGGGUGGCGGUGGGAGUGGUGGCGGGGGUGGGGGCUUCGGUGGCGGCGGUGGAGGCGGAGGCGGCGGCGGCGGUGGCGGUGGGAGCGGCGGUGGCGGCGGUGGAGCUGGUCAGGGUGGUUUGUGCAGCGGGGCGGCUUAG